UUAACGGGAUCUGACCUGAAUUACUUAAACCCUAACCUUUUUGUUCUCUCUUACGUUUCACUCUCUGUUUCCCCUCAAAACCCUAGGCAGCCUCUUCUCUCUCUGCAAUCAACGGCACACUCUAAAAUGACAGGAGAGGCAGUGAACCCAAAAGCUUACCCUUUGGCCGAUGCGCAGCUUACAAUAACAAUCAUGGAUCUUGUGCAACAAGCUGCCAAUUACAAGCAACUCAAAAAGGGUGCCAAUGAAGCCACCAAGACACUCAACAGAGGCAUAUCUGAAUUCGUUGUGAUGGCCGCAGACACCGAGCCUCUUGAGAUUCUUCUGCAUCUUCCUCUGCUUGCUGAGGAUAAGAAUGUUCCGUAUGUAUUCGUCCCAUCAAAACAAGCACUUGGUCGAGCAUGUGGAGUCACAAGGCCGGUGAUUGCAUGUUCUGUUACAACUAAUGAAGGAAGUCAACUGAAAUCCCAAAUUCAGCAACUAAAGGAUGCUAUUGAGAAGCUGUUAAUCUGAAAUUUUGAUAUUCGGUAUGACGGGCUUCUUGAGCUGUGCUGAUUGCUCAUUUAGAGGCUUUGACUGGACCAGUUGUUGUGUUCAACAGGCAAAGGUGUUUUAUGUAAAAGUACAUUUAUAUUUUUCCUUAUUGCGAAUGAUUGUUUGGAAGUAAUUUUUAAGUUAGCGCAGCUGUUUACAUUAUAAAUUGUUCAGUGCUAUGUAUGUGGGGGUUCUGUUUAGAAAAUUUAAACUUACCUGAGAUUUUUUUUUUUUGGAUAAAUCAGAAUAGAUCUACUUAUUGAGCCC